AUGAAUGAGCUUACGCCCAGUCACUCCGCGCCCUCGCAGUCGCGCGCGCUCGCGACGUCGUACGCGUUUGCCGCACCUGCCAACGCGGUGAACCUCGUGGCGAUGGACCGCAAGAGUUUCCAAGGAGGCACGCGAAGCAGUGGCCAUCAGGGCGCAGCGAAACAGUUCUCGUCGCACCCGCAACAGCUGCAACAAGUGACGGAGUACCACCAUCCAGCUGCUGGACCUUAUGCGACCCCAAGUUAUCCGCAUCUCAAGAGCCAGACGGACACUCGAGCAGUGGGCUCGAACGGAGGCAAGUUUGACUCGGCAACCAAUUCCCAGGCGCCGCACGAGGCCAUGCCUCAUGAUCACGUCAACAUUGGGCUCAAGGACGGUGGGGAUCGCAAGUAUCGGCAGCAGCAAUACAGCGUCGUCGCCACCGACUCGUUUCUGAGUUCCAGUGGCACGUACGUGCACGGCGUCGAGCGUCCUGGGAACGUAGUGCAGCUAAAAACGACGCCGAGCAGCUCACAGCAGCAACAACAACAGCAGCAGCAGUCCAUGUACCAGCGCCCGAACAUGUAUGGUGACGGCACCACGUACUUCUCGCAGCAGCAGCAACAACAACAGCAACAACAAGCGCAACAACAGCAACGGACGCAGGAUACGUCUCAGCAAAAUCCACUGGAUUUAGUGCCUCCUAGUGCUGCUGCCAUGGGAGCGAGCUUUGGCGCCCCAGUCAAUAUGGGACGAGGGAUGAUCAGCAGCGUCAGCGGGAUGUUCGGGGUAGGAACGCGCAUGCCGCAGUUCAGUCCUGGGGCUUCGGGCACUUCGUUGACGACGCGGUUAAAAGACGGAUGCAUGGAUGUUUCGACCGGCGUUACUCCGAACGCCAGCCACAUGUCGUUCAUGCAGCAACAGCAGCCUGCUGCAAAGUCGCUGGAGCUCGCACAUUCGGCCUCGUUGUAUGCGGACGUUAGCAGCUCGACGACCUCCAUGUCGAUGGUGAGCUUGUCUUCGGAUGGCCCGACGACGGCACCGAUCAAUUCGUACCCGCCUUCGUCCCAACUUAGUACGAGCAGCGGGGACACAUGUGGGUUGUGCAGUGGCACCCACAGCGACAGAAUUGCAAGUCAUUGCGGCCACCGGUUUCACGCUCAGUGUCUGCAUACAUGGGGAGGGUUGACAACGUGUCCAAUGUGCGCACAGGCAUCGAAUACUAUCACGAGCCUCCCGCAGGCAAACGCCAUCAGCUAUGGUCUUGGAGCAGAGAGCGUGUCGGCUAUCUCACAAGGCUCAGCAGGGCGAGAAGAAGGACCGAUGAAUAGUGGAGGAGGAGGUGGUGGUGGUACCAUGAACAGCAGUGCCACUGACGCUGGUAGCAACACUGUGUCCAUAUCAUCAAACUCGAUGAAUUCCUCGCAAGGCACAGCAACGAGCACUAUGCACAUGGCCAAUCCUGUGCAUGGCGGGAGGCCGCCGCCCAUUGACACGCGUAUUCAUGACAACCGAAUGGGGCCAACGUCACUCAGCGCGGGCAAGCGUAGUGCGACGUCCACUCGGUCGGGUUCCAGUAGUGGCGGUCGCGUGCGCAAAAACAAGAAGCUGAAAGACUGCUCUGUACCAGGAUGUGAUCGCACGGUUCGCUCGCGAGGACUCUGCAAAGGUCAUGGCGGCGGUCGCCGCUGCGGGUUUGCUGGUUGUGGACUCAGCGAUCAAGGUGGUGGCUUUUGCAUCAGUCAUGGCGGCGGCAAGCGCUGCCAGCACGAGGGUUGUGAUAACUCAGCCCAGUCACGGGGGCUAUGCAAAUUGCAUGGCGGUGGCAGUCGUUGCACGGUUCCUAACUGCACGAAAAGCUCGCAAGGACGCGGACUCUGCCGCGCUCAUGGUGGCGGGCGUCGUUGCAUGGUCGAAGGUUGCAAUAAGACCGACCGUCGUGCCGGCUACUGCGUCACGCAUGGUGCAGACAAGAAGUGCAUCGUACCCGAGUGCUCCAAGACGGGUCGUAUCGACAAUAUGUGCACAAAACACUACUUUGAGCGUCACCCGGCGCAGCCGCCAGGAACAAUAAGCACGACACCGCCUCCUGUCAUCACUGUCAAUGCCAACACCAGUGCGGCAAGAGCCCGUGCGGAGAGAAAGAGGGCAGUUGAACAGCAAGAUGCCGCGAAUUAUGCAGGCAUGUCUUCCGUGAUGCUUGCUGGCCCCGUGUCGGCUCCCAACGCGCUCUUUGAUGCACGAUAUGGUGGAGCGAUGACCAAGGCCGAGCCGUUUUAG